AUGUUUAAGAAACCGAUAUGGGCUAAUAAACCUUGUUUCUUUAUCGUCAAAGGGUCGAAUAAAUCAAUCGGAAGGAUUGGAGCUACCACAGAUUUUGAGAGUGUGAUGAAAAAGCUGAACGACUAUAUCAAUACGCCACCAGAACAGAGAAUGCGUAGCCUGCCAACCAGGAGAUGGGAUGCAAUAAUGGCAAUCACCGGGUUUCGCAGCCUUAAUGAUGCAAAAAGAUUCGAAAUUUACGUUGAAAACACAUUUCGAACGGAGCUGCCCUUAGAAGAAAUUUCAUACUACAGACAAUUCAAAUCUGAAGAGUUCCCCCCCUGCGUAUUCAAAAGAAUUGUUAUUGCUAGAAAACUGUUCCGGGAGUAUUUCACCGAAAAACUGCCCAGGGAGCAACCAAAAAUUUGGAAAAGUUGGGAUAUAUAUUGGUCGACGAAGUUGGAUAAAACAUUGUUGGACAAUUUAAAAGUUGGUUGGGAUAUUGAGGAUUUGAAGAAAAUGAAUGGAGUGAGUCAAAAAAACGAUGAAAUAAAGGAAGGACCUAAAAAAAAACUUUAUGUAAUCAGACAUAAGCCCUUCGAGUUUGAUGAUUUUAUACCUUGGAAGGAGCUCUUGGGGGAAUGGAGGACGUUGAAGAAAGAAAAACAAAAGUCACAACCGGAAAAUGUUUCGGAAGUGAAAGCAGUAGUAGCUCAUGAAGUUAGAAGGCCCUCUAUUCCUCUUGUGCCAAAGGUAAAGGAUCAUUGGUUUAAGAUUGUUGAUGACGAUGAUGAAGAAUGA